CCAGUGAACGGCGAUCCGAGCAGACGCACCAAGUAUUAAACCUGGGAUCAAACCGCGAAGUGAUCCGAUUUCGUACAGAUUCUAAAAUGACAAGCUAGGGAUACCAAGCUUUGAUACAAACCCAAGGACAAUAAUUGUAAUGAAUGCCAGUGCUAACAACCGGGCUUUGAAAUUUGAUUAGUUUAGUUAGUUUGGAAAAUAAAAACCCGGUACCGGUUCGUGCCUGUUGCAGAGAGUUUGGCACCAAAGUAUUAUGUUUUCGCUGCUACUGCGCCACCCGCUCGUCUGCCGCUGUUGUCUACUGGAGCAGCCGCCGCUCUACCACAGUCUCCAUGACGCCUCCAGCCGGCUGGCCGUGGAGCUGAAGGCCUUGGUCCCCGCCCUGCUCCUGGAUCCCGGCGAGAAUCUCACUGACGUUAUCUGCGAUCUUUGCCUGCGCCGCCUGCACGACGCCCGCGACUUCCAGAGGCGGUGCGAGCACUCUGAGCAGGUGCUCCGCUUACGGCACGAGCAGUGGAAGCACACGGUGGCCGUGGGCGACGCCUUGGCCCUGGACGACGUGCUCGAGUGCCUAGAGCGGGAGGUGGGCAGUUUGGAGGCACCGGUGUCUAUGCAUCAGCAGCCCAGCAAGCCAGUGGCCUAUGUGGCGCCGCUAAUGGAGACUGUGGAUUUCGAAAACUUGGACAUCCAGGAGAGCUCACCCAGUGAGUUGGCUCCUACUUACUGGGAGGCAACUAUAGAUUCCGGCAGCCUGAAUACCCCGAAUCACCAGUCGGAGACCACCGAUACCUUCGCAGUGGAGCUACCCACGCCCCCGGAAUCACCGAAGGAAUCAAAGCCAAAGCCUACGGGAAAGCCGAGCUCACGGAGAACCAAGCCACACCAAGAGAACCAGAAACCCAGUGGUGAGCGGACGGCUGGUUCUCCAAGGUCCUUGCAUCCGUGCGGAGUCUGCGAGAAGAAGUUCACUCGGAACUUCCAGCUGAAUCUGCACAUGAUCGCCGUGCACGGAAUGGGCGAGUUGCGGUACCAGUGCGAGGAGUGCGGCAAGAGUUUCGCCUCUCGGCACAGCCUGCGGUACCACGUGAAGUCGGUGCACUCGUCGGAGAGACCUUUCGCAUGCCAGCACUGCGAGCGUCGCUUCAUCUUGCGCACCCAGCUGCUGUCCCACCUGCGCACCCACACCGGCGAGGCCAAGCCGCGAAUCUUUAAAUGCCAACGCUGCUCAAAGUUCUGGCCCACCAAGUCGGACCUGCGCACCCACAUGCGCUCGCACAACCCCAACAUGGAGCGGCCCUUUAAGUGCGACCAGUGCUCUAAGGCCUUCUUUACUCGAGGACACCUUAACUCGCACCUGCUCGUGCACACCGGUGAGAAGCCAUACCCCUGCGAGUACUGCGACAAGAGCUAUCAGAGCGUUGGCAACCUAAACAACCACAUGGUGCGCCUGCACGCAAAGAUAAUCGAGGCCCAACUGGAAACGGAGGCCAUCGAGAGCUGAGAAUCAGACGGACUAGCGCGUCCUGAGGAGAGGCUGUAUUAAGUAUUAUAGGCGUUGAAAGGGCAACAUCACCGAGAUCGGAGCGAACAAUUAUUGCUGUAAAAGAAACAAUAGAAAAACUGCUCUGAAUUGACUUAAGUUAAAAAUGUCUCAUAAAAUAUGUUAUAUGUAUGGCUUGACCGAACUAUGGAAAUGUUUACUUUUAAAGUUUAAAGUUAAAUAAAAUACAUACCCAAAAUAGCCAUCAGUGGUUCAAAAA